AUGAGGGAGCUGCCGGCGGGGCCCGGGAUGGAGUGCGACAUCCUGGACGCGCUGGAGGCGCUGGGGUACACAGGACCCCUGCUGGAGGAGGAAGCCCUGAGCAAGGCAGCAGAGAAUGGGUUAUCAUCAGCAGAGUUCCUUGAGCUUUGUGUCUGGCUGGGCUCCCAGAUCAAGGCUCUCUGUGACAUGGAGGAGAGCAUCACUCCAGCAGAUGGUGGCAAGGACAUAGAGAGCUUCCAGCUGGAGGUUAGCAGCUUUCUGAGGGAAAUGGCCUGCCCCUACUCAUCACUGACCUCUGGAGACAUCAAGGACAGAUUGAGAGAGAAGGAAGAUUGCCUCAAGCUCCUCUUGUUUCUGAGCACAGAGCUUCAGGCUUUGAAGAUCCUGCACAGCAAGGCAGUGAAGGGCUCCCCCUUGGAAAAGCACAGUGAGAUCUCCCAGGAGCUGCAAGCCAUCUGUGGUGCCCUGGGCCUGUCAAACCUCUCAGCUUCUGAUGUUCCUCUCUUGUUAACCCAUGUGGAGCAAAAGAUCAAAGACAUCCUCUCCAAAGUCCAGAAGAACCACGUGGGGAAAUCCCUGCUCACAAAACCUCUGAGCUCAGAGCAAGUGGAAAGGCUGGAGAGGAUCAACGAGGCCCUGCGCAGCGAGUACGAGUGCCGGCGGCGCAUGCUGGUCAAGAGGCUGGAUGUGACCGUGCAGUCCUUUGGCUGGUCUGACAGAGCCAAGGUCAGGACAGACGACAUCGCCAGGAUCUACCAGCCCAGGCGCUACGCCCUGUGCCCGAAGUCCUCUGUCAGCCUGGCACACCUGCUGGCUGCCAGGGAGGACCUCUCCAAGAUCAUCAGAACAAGCAGUGGCUCAACAAGGGAGCACACAGCCUGUGCCAUCAACAAGGUGCUGAUGGGCAGAGUGCCUGACCGUGGGGGCAGGCCCACAGAGAUUGAACCCCCCCCUCCUGAAAUGCCUCCCUGGCAGAAGAGACAGGAAGGUGGUGGAAGAGGUGGCUGGGGAGGAGGGGGUGGAGGAAGGGGCAACUGGGGAGGUGGAGGGGGUAGGGGAGGAGGAGGUGGGGGUGGGUUUGGAGGAGGAGGAGGCUUUGGAGGUGGGGGUGGCUUUGGAGGUGGGGGGUUCAGAGGUGGUGGAAGAGGUGGGGGGAACUUCCAAGGGGGCAGGGGGGAUUAUGGUGGCAGGGGGGGAGGGUAUGGUGGCAGAGGAGGCUAUGGUGAUCCCUAUGGUGGAAGGGGAGGAGGAGGCUACAGGAGAUACUAACCCACUGUAAAUAGUAGCAGAGCAAGUGGCAGAAUCUAGUGGUGAUGUCUGCUGGGAUCAGGAGUUCAGGCCUUGCUCACCUGGCUUUAGAGUGAUCCUUGCAUUAGACCAAGUGAUGUUGUCCCUGAACCCUUCAGCCCAACUUUUCUACUCAGCUGUGCUGGCUCAGCCCUUGGCUGGUCUCUCUUCCCCUACUCCUCCUGGGGGGGUUAAUGUGCAGUUUGAUUUCAAAGGGCCCUCAGCAAAGUGAACCAAUAAAAGACCCUUCCUCCACCCAGCCCCAGCUCCCAGCAUCUCAUUGCUCAGGCCUCCCAGUGCCUGCCUGCUGCAGGCCCAUCCCUCUGCCCCUCAGUGCUCCAGGGAGCAGGAAGGAAACCCAGGCAGAACAGGGCCAAGAGCUGCUUGGAGAGCAGUGCUUUGCCAUGCUCUGGGGUGCUGCUCCCAGGCUUCUGCUCUCCCAGUGUCCCUGUGUGGGCAGGUGGUGAUGCUCAGCUCUUUCAGGCUCUGGGCCAAGCCAUUCAGU